AUGGAUGCAAUUAUCCAAUAUGAUAAGUCUGAGUUUCACGAAACAUCAUCUGGCAUUAAAAUAUCUAAAAAAUCAAUUAUCAAGGGAACUGAACAGAUUAAUGUAAGUGGAAGAUGCAUAUUUUUCAAUGAUGUCAUUUUGAGAGGAGAUCUUGCCAAAGUAUCAAUAGGCAAAUAUUUGGUCGUCCAUGAAAAAGUCACUCUUAAACCGUCUUACACAUACGGUUACACAAAAGAAUCACCUACUAAAAAAGUUAUUAAAUUUCUUCCUUUGAUGAUAAGUGAUUAUGUUGAAAUUGAGUCAAGUUCAAUAAUAUAAGCAACAAAGAUUGGUACAUGCACAUCAAUUGGGAAAAAUUGUUACAUUUCUCACAGAUGCGUAAUUGGAGAAAAUUCGAUCAUUCUUGACGAUUCCAUAUUGCCACCUGAUACUGUUGUGCCUGCCAAUAGUGUAUUUGGAGGAAGACCAGCAGUCUACAUAGCAGAAACUCCAGAAUCAACAGCAAUCAUUUAAAAGCAAAAAUUGAUCAAUUUUUAUAAAAACUUCAUGCCUAAGAGUUGA